AUAAAAACUUUAUAAAUGUUAUGUUUUCAGAAUUAUGUUUGCAAUUCACCUCAAGAAUUAGUAAAUGGAAUUGAUCUGUUGUCAAUGAAAGACAACAGUACUUCGCUUCUUUCAAGCUCUCUAGAGGCAGAGCAAAGACUUCUGCGUGAAAUGGGUUGGAAUGAAACUGAAGAAGAAUAUGUCAUAACAGAAGAUGACAAGAAAGAAUUUCAGAAGUUAACCAAUCAAGCAAAACAUCAAAAAAAUUGUCUGGUUCGUCAUCUUCCGAAAACCUGGAGUCCAAAACACAUGCCAGUUUACCAGCCGAAUGUACAGGACUUGAAUGACGUCUCUUCAUCUGAGAGUGACUCGGAUGAUCCAUGCUAGGAAGAAGACAUCUUUUUCAAAUGUGAUAUCUCAUCAACACUACUCAAGCUAUUUUUCCUUCAAAUCAAUUUAAAGACUGUAUAUUGGCAGAAAGAAAGAAAGAAAAUUGAAUUACAUAAUAAAUACAAAAAGAAAUCCAAACAAUAAACAAAGCAAAAAAAAUUAAGAUUCUGUAGCCUGACUGCAGAAAAUUUGAAAAACUACUUUUUUUAAAAUUAAGGUACAUUUUUAUUUACCAAACAGUAAUUAAAAAACUUUUUUACACACACAUUUAACACAAGUUAAAGUUGAAUCAGUAUACAUACAUACAUACAUUACCAUCAGUUGAAGUUGAAAUAUUCUAGUUGCUGUAUUGUGCAGCAAAAGCUAUAGCUUUUGGGGUGGGAUGGGGGAGGGGAUCUGCAGAUGUAAGAACUGCUAAACUGAAAUGAAAAUAUAUGAACAAAACAUAUUUUGUUAUCAUUGAUAAUGAUAAUAUAUUUAAAAAAAGAAGAACACAGCAGAAGCCUAGCUUUGAUUUCAUGUGAUGUAUCAGAACUAUAACAAGGUUUAUUCUAUGGAAACUUUCAGUAUAUCAGAGUUGUAUGCUGAUCUCAACUCCGGGAACCAUACUGUCUUAUUUAGUGUGGUCAGUAUAACUAGACAGCAUCAAACCUUUAUUUCUGUUUGUUAAAUGCUGCUGUCGUCAAUUUACAAACCCCACUCCUUGUAAAGAAAUAAACAAAAAUUAUACCAUUUAA